ACAUUUGCAAACGCGACGCUGCAGUCGCUGGCGACGCUCGACUCGGCUCUCAGCUCUCUCUCUCUCGGAUUCAGCUCGUAUUUUUAGUGCUCGCGUGCGAAAUUCGGUGUCAAAGUUAAACAUUUACGUGAGAUCACAGCUACCCGCACAGUGUGACGAAAACAACGGCAGCCAGUGUAGGAGGUGGUUGUGAAGGAGCAGCAGUUGGAGGCAAGGCAGGCGCCAAGUUCAAAAUCAACGCCUGACAAUGACAAAGCGCUCCGUUGGGCGGCCUGCAACUGCAACAACGUGGCGCCCGCCAGCAGCACCAAUCAAAACAACAGUAGCAGCAGCAACAGCAGCAACAGCAACAACAAUAGCAACAGCAACUGCAACAACAUCGCCAGCAAUUACAACAACAAUCAAUGAGAGCAGCACGAGAUGGCGACGUUGCCAGCGUCGAGGCUGCAUAACAAUGCGGAUGAGCCGAGUGUCGUUGUAUGCCUCGUUGCCGGCAUGUGGCAUGUGGCAUGUGUCCUGGCUGCUGUUCGUCCUGUGUCUGCUCAGCUGCCUGUGCUGUUACACAGUUGCUCUGGAGGAAGAUUGCGUGGACUUUCAGGGGAACAAGGUGAACCAUGGCAUGCUCUAUGUGCCCGGACCAGGAGUUUGUAGUCUAUGCGUUUGCUAUCAUUCCGAGCCGCUUUGGUGCAAGGCCAUUUACUGUGAUCCGCCCUACUUCUGUAAAAACUUCAGAGUGGGCGAACGUUGCUGCGAAUUCGAGUGUCUGGAUCCGCCCGGUGAGGAUAAGCUUUAUCAGGAGCGCAUGCGUAAACGUGCCGAGAUUCUGGCCGGAAACAGCACCGCCUCCAAUGUGAAGGUGGCGCCUCUGGCUGUCUCCACCAUAAUGCUCAGUUUUCUGGGCAACGGUUUUCUCAAUUUAUAACUUGAAGUGAAAUAGCAAGAGCAAUGCUGUUUAGCCAUAAGUUGUGGUUUGCCCAGAUCUUAAGUAGAUAGUGGGAAGGUUCGUUUUUGUCAACUGUCCCCCAAAGCCGGACCCUAAGCGAUACUUAUUACAAUGUAAUAAACUCCAGCUAACAAAUUUAUAUACACUUAGGUGCAUUCAAAUCACAUUAACAACAAAAAGUUUAUACUAUAAAAUUAUGAAUAACUAAAGAAAACGAAAAUUUGGAGUACUACAGAACUAUACGUAGGUUUUCAACUUAUACUUAUGUCUGUACUAUAUCCCUAGUCUUAUGUAGGUACAAUAAUACAAGAGUAAUUACAAAAAAAAAGAAGAAAACAAGCAGAACAACAGAUACAAACAUCAAUGCCAAGUGAAAUCGAUUAUCGUUAUCGCUACCAUCGCGUUCGUUAUCGAAAUUACACUCAUUAAGCAAACAUAAAUGACAGUCUUUAAUUAGCUCCUAAGUCUAAAUAGUGUAUAGACAACCUGUACAUACGCAUAUAGCUGCCUAGCUCUAUAUAAAUAUGUAUAUUGGGUCAAAAACUUGUUGAUUAGUCUUUAGCUAAAUGAUAUUAUGUAUGGCAUAUCGAUAGAUCGUUAUAUCGAUCGGUCGGUCGUAUAUAGCAUAUGAUAUGAUAGGUUCGGUGUUUGCACUUAGGAAAUCUUUUUUAUAAUAUCUCAGACAUUAACACACAAAUCACGAAUUACUCGAUCUUAUACAUAACAUUUUACAAUCUCAAGAUCCUCACCUAGUGAACAGUAUUUUUGUAUCCUCACGUAUAGAUAUGGCAAUGGAACUUGUUCCGAGUUGCAGUUUCGAAGCAAUUUCACUCAAAUCUGAAAUCAAAAAAAAA